AUGUCGGACAACAAGAACAGCAGACCAACCAGCAUAGAUACCAAGACCAACGCGCCUAAUCACGAUAGCCCGGUCCAUCUAGAAGAGGGCGUCACCCUUAGGCACUCUACCGUCAUCAGCUACGACAACAAUGGCAUUAAAGCUAUCCUGCAAUCUCCUUAUGUAUUCGGCGCUGCCCUUCUAGCCUCCUUUGGCGGCUUCUCCUUCGGCUACGACCAAGGCGUCAUCUCCCUCAUCCUUACGAUGCCAGUCUUCCACAAAGCCUUUCCUGAAAUUGCCCCGGGCCAUCCCCACUAUGGCUUCAACACCGGAAUCAUGACGGGCCUGCUGGAACUCGGCGCCUUUAUCGGCUGCCUAUUCUUCCCUUUAGUCGCCGAUCGAUAUUCUAGAAAGAUCGGCCUUGCCAUUGCGACUGCCUUCUUCGUUGUCGGUGCCAUUAUCCAGACUGCCGCGAAUAACUACGGUGCCCUCGUUGCGGGUCGGACUAUCGGUGGUGUAGGCGUGGGCACACUCGCCAUGGGUGCCCCGUUGUACAUCUCCGAGAUCGCACCUGCCAAUAUUAGGGGCUCUCUUCUAGUUCUGGAAUACAUAUCCAUCGUCGUUGGUGCCAUCGUUGCCUACUGGAUCACGUACGGCACUCGUGUAAUUAAUGGUGAAUGGGCCUUCAGGCUGCCCUUCCUAUUGCAGAUGGUCCCUGCUCUAGCUGUUGGUGUCGGUAUUCAGUUCUUCCCAUUCUCGCCAAGAUGGUUAGCCAUGCGACACCGGGAUGAAGACAGCCUACACUCUCUAGAGAGACUCAGAGGCCUUCCUAGAACCGAUCCUCGCGUCCAACACGAGUGGAAGGGCAUUCUUCGUGAAGUUGAGCUUCAGGAGGCGGUUCUUGCUCGUGAACAUGGCACCGAGAAGAGCUUUAUUGCGCUUGAACUGCAGCAGUGGGGUGAUCUAUUUAAGCCCAAAUAUCUCAGUCGUACUGCAGUUGGUCUUGCCAUGCCGUUCUUUCAACAGUUCUCAGGCAUCAACGCUUUUGUGUACUAUGCCCCGAUCUUCUUCGCUGCCCUGGGUUAG